UAUCAUUUCAGUCAAUUUCUUUCCGUCACGUCAGUCAGUCAUUCAAAUUUCAAUUUCCAAUCAACAAAUUACUUGAACAAAAUCUAUCAGCUGAUUGUUGCCUUCGACAAAAAAUUAUUGUGCGUGGUAUUUUAGUGAAAGAUUGUUAAUUUUAAUGCUGUUCAGAGCUGCUUAGUUGUGUUUGGUACUAAUAUCAUUGUAUUCCUAAUGUGUUUCUCGUAGAACGUGUUUAUUAAACGUCUCUCAUCACUGUGAAAAAUGAAGUGCGUGUUUAACUCGUUAAAUAUUAAAGUGAUAUCUAUCAAGAGGUAAACAGUUGAUGGGGAACAAUGGAUGAUGAUGAAGCAGACCUGCGGGAGCAGAUCUUCCACAACAAUGUCAGGGAACAAAUCAUAUUUCUACUAUUGUUCAUAUUACUGUACCUCUUCUCAUUUGUGCUGAUUGAGAAGUUUCGACGGCGAGAUGGUGAAGACUACUUCAUGGGGGACGAGGACGAGGUGAAGGUGUACCGCAUCAGCCUGUGGCUGUGCACCUUCGCUCUGGCUGUCUCGCUCGGCUCCGCACUCUUGCUGCCGGUGUCCAUUGUCAGCAAUGAAGUGCUCAUACUGUACCCCAACAGCUAUUAUGUGAAGUGGCUCAACAGCUCCCUCAUCCAAGGUCUAUGGAACCACGUGUUUCUAUUUUCAAAUCUGUCGCUGUUCGUGUUCCUUCCGUUCGCGUAUUUGUUCUCGGAGUCGUCGGGGUUCCCGGGGUGCCGCGGGCUGCGGGGCCGCGUGUACGAGACCUUCACGGUGCUGGCCCUGCUGGGCGUCGCCAUGCUGGGCCUCGCCUACGUCAUAUCCGCCUGGCUGGAGGGGGACCGCUCCAGUAUUGAUGCUUUGUUGAGUCUGUGGACGUACCUGCCAUUCCUGUAUUCGUGUGUGUCGUUUGUCGGCGUCCUUAUGCUCCUUGUGUUCACGCCCUUGGGCUUCGUCCGCCUGUUCGGCGUGGUGGGCGGCGUGCUGGUGAAGCCGCAGUUCCUGCGCGACCUGGACGAGGAGUACUACGUCUACUCCGCGGAGGAGGACACGCUGCGUCGGCGCCUGCGCAACGCCACUAGCACAGGCAUAGGCUACAUAUCCCCCGAGCCCAUGUACCCGGACCGCGGCGACAUCUCGGCGCCGCUAGACAUGGACGUGUCCAAGAGCCCGGGCGUGGGCAAGCUCGCGCCGCCGCUGCUGCGCCUGCGCAAUGGAGCGCUGCAAGCCGGCCUGAAUGAGAGGCUGAGGAGCGUGGUUGGGAGACGGAAGGAAGUAGAAAGCCAACGCAAAACCUCAUCCCUCCAACGCAACGUGGUGUACCCUAUCGCGAUGCUGGCGCUGCUGGCCCUGACCACGCUGACCGUGCUGCUGGUGUUGCACAACACGCUCGGCCUGCUCACCGGGGCCAAGUCGCCGCUCAACACGCGCCAAUUCACGCUCGGCCUCACCUCCCUCUCAAAACUGGGCUGGGCGGGCGCGACCCUCGAGGCUUUCCUCAUCCUGUACCUUCAGUGCGCGUCGCUCACGGGCGUGGGCACGACGGCGCGCGCGCUGCACGUGCUGCCCGGCGCGGGCCGCACGCCGCUGCGCCGGCUGAUAGCGGCCGAGGCGGUGCUGUUGCUGCACUGUACUGCGCAGCCGCUGCUCGUGAAGAUACUAGGUAUAACGAACUUCGAUCUGCUAGGAGAAUUCGGGCGCAUCGAGUGGCUCGGCAACUUCCGCCUGGUGUUACUCUACAACGCGAUCUUCGCGGCCACCGUCACGCUCUGCCUCGUGUCCAAGUUCACGGCGAGCGUUCGCCGCGAACUCUACAACAGGUUCAAAUGGAUAGGUGAACUGUUCAAUCCUGAGCCUGUGCCUCUGGUAGCAGCCAGCCUGACGCCGAGGCCUUCCGCUGAUAGAACUGCCACCCUUGCCGACUCCAACUUCGACCUUACUGAAUCUCCUAAAGAGAAACCUGAUUAAUUUCAUGGCACCUAAACCUUUGAAUAUUUUGUAUAUAAUGAGAUAUUUUAUCUGUGAUUUGUUUAAGUACCUAUACAUAUUUUUAUGCAUGUAGCUAGUUAUUAUAAUGGCUUAAUUUACA